GAAAUUGACAUUAAUUUAGGUUAUCAACUUACAUAAUAAAUAUUUAAAAGAAAAUGAUACAUAAAUGGUUUCAUAAAUUUGUCCGACGGACAACAAAGCCGAUUCCAGAAGAUCAGGCACUUUUAUGGAAACGUCGCCUCAGUUUAGCUUACGGAUUUGUUGCGUGGAAUGCAUUUGGUUUGCUUAUUUACGCCAUUUAUCAAGGCAAAGCGGAUUGGGCACAUUAUUAUGGUCUGAAAACAGACGAAGAGCAAUCCAUACCACCAGCAAGAGCAUGGGCGAAUACCUUAGGUAUAAAGAAUGCCAAAGUUUACAGAAUAUCUGGUUUCAAGAAAGUAGACGAGUAUGAUAUAGUUGAUGGACAAGAAGUGAGACAUAAGAAACCCAUAGUAGAUAGUGAGGAAUUGGAAAAAUAAACCCUAAUACUAAAUUAAAAGUUACAUU